AUUUUCUUCCCUACCUUUGCUAAAAAAAGAACAGAAAAAAACAAGACCAGAAAGGAAAAGAGGAGGAACAGAGACUGCAUUGGAGGAGAAGAAGGGGAUCGAUUUCUCGGUCUCCAAAAUGGGUUUGAAUCAAAGGUUCUCGCAUCUCUUUUUCUUCUUCCUUCUUGCUGGAUUUGCCUCUUCUUCCACUCAUAUUUCAAAUGAUGUUUUUGAGUCUCAUGAAAUUACUGGGCCCUGCACUGUAGACUUCGAGCAUCAGAACUACACAAUAAUAACUAGCAAGUGCAAGGGACCUCAGUACCAUGCCAACCUCUGCUGUGAAGCUCUCAAGGAAUUUGCGUGCCCUUCCGCAGAGGACAUCAAUGAUCUCUCCACAAAUUGUGCUGCGACCAUGUUCAGCUAUAUCAAUCUCUACGGGAAAUACCCUCCAGGCCUCUUUGCUAGUCUGUGCCGCGAAGGACAAAAUGGCCUUGAAUGUAAGGAUGAAAAGGCUGAUCCUGCAGAUGCGGCAACUACCAAGUCAUCAUUGCUAAUGCUCACCUCUGCAUUCCUAGUGUUAUUCUUGCAAUAUUUCCUUUAAAGAUCGGAUGUGGAGAUUUUCUUCUUUAUCGACAAUGGUUCCAUAAAAAAGAUUGGUUUCUGGUGAUGUUUUUUCAAAAUUUGUAUGUUUAUUAUCAGCAUUCUUUAAUUAAAACCAUGUCUCUCUGAUGAUAUAUGUAAUCUUUCUACUCUUAAUUACUUUCAAACAAUGUAGACCUCAGUAAAACUGCUGUAUAAGCAAACUGCGUUAGCACAAUAAAAUGCCUAGUAUUUU